ACCGCCGCUCGAGGCCUCUUUCUUGCUCUCCCAUUUGCAUUGAUUGCUUACCCAUCAGAACAGCUAUCUUGCAUUGUCACCAGCAUCGCUAUUGCUUACUCGAUUCUCUGAUAUAACCCAUCAAGAGACUGGUCGCCCGAGCUGUCGCACUCUAUCCCUUUCUUUAUAGAAGCGAUAGUCGUGCAUCAUGACACCUGAUAACAGCAACCACGUCGCCCAUCAUCCACAGGCAAUUCACCUACAAUCUCUCGAACAUGCCUGCAGCAGUUCACGACACUCAACCACCCGCAAUGGCUCGAGUACAGCUUUCGAGCCUGCGACGGCUGACGAGAAUGAGACUAUCGCUAGGAACGUAUCUCAUAUGACUGAUAUCGAGAGUCAACUCACCGCCACUGGUCGUCGACAACCUAGCUGCCUUGAUCAUGAUCCAUAUGGCCUCUCCCGCGGGUACAAGACCGAGUCUGAUUUGGAACAGAUCAAGGCCAACACUUCACGGAAGCGCGAUAGUCUCCCUGGCCGCAAAACUGUCUCCGGCGAAGUCGGCCCCAAGACAAAGGCUCGCAAGCUGCAGGGCUUCUACAAAAAUCAAAAUGCGGCUAUUGAUCGCAUGCUCAAGUCUGUUGAGGAACAUCGUGACGAAGCCCGCGACCAGCAUGGCGAAGACCAAGUCAAGUUUCGCAUUGCUGUCUGGGGCUCUUUCGCGGCCAAUGUUGCCUUGUCAGGAGUUCAGCUCUACGCUGCCAUCUCUUCAAAAUCUCUUUCGCUCUUUACCACCAUGGCCGACUCCAUAUUCGACCCUCUUAGUAACCUCACCCUCAUUUUGUCGGCUCGAGCCAUUCGUCAUGUCGAUUCUCGACGUUUCCCUGCCGGAAAAGCUCGUCUCGAGACUGUAGGCAAUAUUGUCUUCUGCUUUCUCAUGAUUGCUGUCUCACUCAUCAUCAUUGCUUUUGCUUGCCAGGAACUAUCUAGGGGGGUCCAAGAAAAGGAAUUCAAAAUUGCUGCUGUUAUAUCUGUCUGCUGUGCUUUCGCCACCAAGUUCGUACUCUUUCUCUACUGCUGGGCACUCAAGGACAAGUAUAGCCAGAUCAGCAUUCUUUGGCAAGAUCACCGCAACGAUCUUUUUAUCAAUGGCUUUGGUAUCCUGACUUCCUGUGGUGGUGCGAAAUUGAAAUGGUGGAUUGACCCUAUGGGCGCUAUCAUUCUGUCUGUUCUCAUCUCUUGCAUCUGGCUGCACACCGCCUUUGGCGAAUUUCUGCUCAUCGUCGGAGUUACUGCAUCUGUCGAAACGCAGCAGCUCAUCACGUAUGUAUGCGUUACACAUGACGACGCAGUUGUUGGCAUCGAUACCGUACGUGUGUAUCACUCGGGUCCUCGUCUGAUCGCCGAAGUGGACAUUGUUAUGGACCCGACACAAACACUUCAAGAAAGCCAUGAUAUAGCAGAGGCGCUGCAGACCAAGCUGGAGGAUCUGCCAGACAUUGAGCGAGCAUAUGUCCACAUUGACUACGAGACGACACACAAACCAGAACAUGCAUUUAAGAAGGAUAUGUAGGUCUAGCUACGGAAUGUGUUUUCAAGGGAGUUCUGGGCCACGAAAGGCAUUUCGAGCGGCUGGGGAAGGAGUUUUGGAGAAUGUUUGGUGAGACAAGUGAGUAAAAUGCCGUACUUGGGUACACGAUCAAGGAACCGGAAACAUAUGUUUUUUUUUGGGGAGACUGGAGGCGUGACGGCGAGACUCAAUGGACAGCAGGGAGUGAUGGUGCAAAUCAUAUCUUAGUUGGUUUUUGGGGUAGAAGCAAAAGCAUCAUAAUGCAACAAUGGC